GGGGUCCCCGAGCCGGCGGCCGCGGGCUGCCGCGCUGGACUGUUGCUAGGGCCGCCGGGCCCCGUUGCUAAGGACCUGGGGGAUGCUCAGAGCCAUGGACUGGUCCUCGGGUUCUUGGGGUUGGGCUUUGGCCUCGUGGAGCUUUCCUGGGCAAUCGCUGCAGUCCCUUCCCCCACCCCCGCCUCCUUCAAAUCUCUGGUUUACUUAAUUUUUCUAAUGUUCACAACUGUUUUGAGAUACUUGGAAAUGGUGUUUCAGCGGCACGUACCUGGGAAAAUGCAAAAAAAAAUUUUUUUUUUCAUUUUAAUACUGACCCUUUGGAUUUAAUUUAUAGGGGGCUAAAAAGGGCAUUGUCUUUGCUGGCCUUGGACUUUCGAAAAGAGUUCCAGAGAGGGCAUCCGGGCUGCGCUAGCAGGACGCUCCUUACUUUUUGGAACUUUCCAGGCGCUCUGUUAACAGUUGGAAAUCAAGUUUCUGGCAGUUGCGUCGAGCUUUUAGCCCUCGGCUGCAGGAAGCAAUGCAGAAGUCAGAGUGCCAUGGAGGAGUGCAGUGGAGAAACAGAGUGGCAGGUACCUGUGAUCCAAGAGCAUCAUCAAGCGCCCAGAUAAAGCUCAGGACUCCACUUCAACAAAGCAAAACUUCAUCAUCAACCAGUUCUCCAGAAUCUUCAAGAAAGCUUCAUCCUCGUCCAAGUGAUAAACUUAACCCCAAAACAAUUAACCCAUUUGGUGAACAGUCACGGGCCCCUUCUGCGUUUGCGGCUAUUUACUCCAAAGGGGGUAUUCCUUGCAGGCUGGUUCAUGGGUCAGUGAAGCACAGGCUGCAGUGGGAAUGCCCUCCUGAGACUCUUGCAUUUGAUCCUCUUCUUAUUACUUUAGCAGAGGGCCUGAGAGAGACUAGACAUCCGUAUACCUUUGUAUCAAAGGAGGGUUUUCGAGAAUUGCUCUUGGUCCCCGGUGCUCUUGAGAAAGCAGUGCCUUUGCUUCCUAGGCUGAUUCCUGUGCUAAAGGCCGCACUGGUUCACUCGGAUGAUGAAGUGUUUGAGAGAGGACUGGACGCUCUUGUCCAGCUAAGUGUCAUUGUCGGCCCUUUUCUAACAGAUCAUCUGAAACAUCUGCUCACGAGUCUUUCCAAGCGGCUAAGAAACAAAAAGUUCAAGGAGCCAAUCACCAGCGCAUUGCAGAAGCUGGAGCAGCAUGGUGGAAGCGGAAGCCUUAUCAUCAUCAAGUCUAAAAUCCCAACCUAUUGCUCCAUUUGUUGUUAAAUAGGGAAUCAGCAAAGACCGUCUCACUCCCUGGUAACAGACUCCAAGCUCUGGCUCCAGGAACCAUGGACUUUUCAGAUACAGCUCAGUUUAUUCUCUUACAAUCAUAGCCAGCAUUCAUGAUUUGCUAUUUAAUGUAAGUUUACACAAUUCCACUAAAUCAUAGAGCCAAAAAAGAAUAGUUAAUAAUGGUAAGCUAUUAAAAGCAGUUUCAUAAUAAUUCGAUUUUGUGGGGUUUAUCUUUUAUAUUUCUAUGGUUUGUGCAAAUAGCUAUUAUUGGUUGGUUUUACAGUAGAUGUGUUGUUAUUUAUUUUUGAACGGUUUUAUUUAUAACAUCCUUUACAAUCAGUUUAGAGCUAUGUACGUAAGAUGUUUUGUCAUUUUUUAAUUUAUAUUUAUCAAGGCCCUGGAAAUUUAAUAUAGUCAACAAACAUUUUGAGAAUUUACUAUUAUUUUUGAAAAUAUGUAUUUAAUAUGUAGAAUUAUUGGGAAGACUUCCAUAGUGUUGUAAUUAAAAUUUAUUUUAAAUGUGUAAAUUCUUAUAUGUUGUUUAUUGCAACUCAUUAAAUUUACCUAAAUUUUAGGUAUUAAUUGUAUUUAGGUAAAUGUUAUUUUUGUAUUUUUGCAGUUUUGAAGGUACUGAAGUUACUCAGUACAUGAAAAUACCCAGAAAUUAAAAUAUUAAACUUUA